GGCAGCCAAUGGAAGGUCAGAAUGUUUCGUACUGGGAAAGUUCAGAGGCUGAUUUCUCGACUGGAGCGGAUGCCUCGUACCAAAGCUAGUAGACGUUCAGAAGCUGCUCGGAAGAGAUUUUUCCUCCAGCGAAUGGCAGCAGACGGCAACGUGAUGGAAAGUAUCGUGAUCUUGGACGAAGAGGACGAGGAAACGGCUCGUUCGCGCACCUCAUCUGCUUCGUCUCGGCUGCCUGCCGAGUCAGGAUCCGCGCGAGUCUCUGUGCCUGCCGAGUCAGGAUCCGCGCGAGUCUCUGUGCCUGCCCCCACCCACAUCACCACGUCACCUUUCGCAUCCGCCCAGAGAGACAGCUCCAUCCUUCGGAUUGAGAACCAGAACCUCUUUACGGAGUUUGUGGAGUACUGCAAGACUCUCACGGAGGACCACCCGGAGGUCAUAACGUUCCUUCAGGCCAAACACGCCAAGGCCUCGCCCGACUUCCUGGCCUCGGUGGAGUUCCGCAACACGCUGGGCCGCUGCCUGACGCGGACCCAAACCAGCCGCUCCAAGACCUUCGUCUACAUCAAUGAGCUGUGCACCGUGCUGAAGCAGCAUGCCGCCAGGAGGAGGCUGCCCGUCACUCCGGUGCAAUCCGCCGCCGAGGGGGAUCCCGGUGGGGCGGAGCAGCCGCAAGAGGAACGCCCCCCCUCACCUGAGCCCGCAGAACAGAAAAAAACAGUAAAGGCUUCUAAAAGACAGAUUGCAUACCUGGAGAACCUGCUGAAGGUAUAUUACGAGGAGAUUCGCCGGCUGCAGGAGAAAGAGAUAAGUCUGGACGACAUGGUGAAAGACGAUUCCAGCUACAUACAGGAGCAUAGGCUGAAACGCAAGAUGAUGAAGAUCUACGACAAGCUGUGCGAGCUGAAGGAUUGCAACACUCUGACGGGGAGGGUGAUCGAGCAGAAGGUGUCGUACACAGGGACCCGCUACCCCGAGAUCAACAAGAAGAUCGAACGCUUCAUAAACAGCCUGGAGUCCCGACAGAACCCUCCUGACUAUGCGGACAUCUUGCGGCUGGUGCGGCGGGCCAACGAGAGGCACGGCCUCUUGCUCAGCCAAAAGCAGGUGACUCAGAUCGCCCAGGAUGGCUUCCGCGAGACGGGCAACCGGUUGCAGGAGAGGCGACACCUGGACAUGGUGUACAACUUCGGCAGUCACCUGACCGACGAGUACAAACCUGCCUUGGACCCCGCCCUCUCUGACCCUGUCCUUGCUCGCAAGCUGCGCUCCAACAGGGAACUGGCGCUGACCCGGCUUGAAGAAGUCGUCUCCAAAUACGCCCUGAAGCAGGACGACUCGGAGGAACAGGAGAGGAGGAAGCGGCAGGAGAAGCUGAAGAAGGAGAAGGAACCUGACGACAAACAGGAGGCCACGUCGGCUGAGAAUGAGACUAAGGGCGAGGAAGAGGACGAGGGAUGCGAGAGCGACGGCGAGGUGGCAGAGAGCGAGGGACAGGAAGAUGAUGACGACGAAGAAGAGGAGGUAUCCUCUGACCCAGACAUUGAGGAGGAGCUAACGGCCAGCCAGUCACAGGAGGGAGCAGAUGAAGAGGAUGGAGGGGAGGAGGAAGAGGAGGCAACCGAUGAGAGUGAUAUACAGCAGCAGUGGGGAACUGGAGCGUCCACUAGCCCCGAGGAUGUGGAUUUGAACGGCGAGGAAGACAGCCGAUCGGUGAGCAGUUGUCAAGGCCUUGUUGGUGAAGAACGCCCACCAAGUGCCAAAGAGGAGGGGAAGGAUGGCUCCACCCCUCCAGUUAGCCCCAGCCAAUCAGAAGCUGUGGAUCCGGACAAGUGUUCGCUCACUGUCGCCAGCAAAUCUGCUUCACCUGACCAUUUGAUAGCUGCUUCACCAAGCUCAGGCGCAGAGGUCUGUCUGCCUUCCUCCUUCCUGGACACUGAAACUGGUACCUGUUCUUCCCUCAUGGCGAAUCCACACUCUUUGCCUUCAUCACCUGCAAUGGUUUUAUCCAAUCAGCAUUCACUAUCCCCACCACAUGACUCGAGGUCAGCCACUUGCAGUCCCCUGCCACCAAGCCCUCAAGCAAUUAUGAAGACUCCUAGUUCAAGGAAAAGGAAGAGGAUGACGGGGUCAAGUGGUCAGAGUGCCCUCAAUGGCAGCCACAAACGGGCAUGUGUGGAUAGUGAUGACGACAUCCCCCUGGAUAUGGGUGUGGUGAGCAGCAGCCCUCAACAAGCAGACUCCACCUGUGCAGACAGCCCCUGUCAGGAACUGGUCAGCAGUUCACAGUCCACGCCUCCCCCUAAGAGAAACAAGGUCAACGUGGCGACGCAGUGUGACCCAGACGAGGUCAUCGUGCUGUCAGACUCUGACUGACCUUUCCCUCGCUAGGAACCCCUAGAGGCAAAUGGGCCUCAGCCCUAUCCCCCCCCUCCCUGUGCAGUCACUCCUCGGUCGGAACGAGCUAGUAGCGCCAAAGUCGUGGCAUGGGUGUCCGCGUGUGAGUGAAUGCCAAGACUUCAGCCUCUGACAUUGACAUCCAGCUGGCUGUACAUCCUGGGAAAGGCGGGACUCGGAGCAGCUUUUCACAUUUCAGGUUAUUUUAAAAAUUUAGAUUUUUAAUUUUUUUUUUUUUUUUUUUAUGGGGACAGGAAAAGGGUCUUUGUGGGGACUUUUUACAGCUGGUUUCUCCUCCACUUAUUUGACUGUUGGGUUCCUUUGUUGCAAAUGAGAUCACUUGCAACUUAGAUUCUUCCCCAGUUCAAGCAGGGUUUGCGUAAUUAGAGGGAAGAGGAGGCUUUUAACCGAGACAAGACCUGCUGAUCACUUAGCACAGCCUGAUUGGAGAUGGAAUCCCAGCAUUGAUCUUUAGGGUCUUGCAACUCAUGAGCUUUUCUCCAUAUGCUAUGUAGCCACCUGUGGCUCAUUCUUUUUCACCAUCUUUGUUUCAUCAUUACAGGAGUUUGUCAGCUUAUUAAAGAAGCCAACAAUGCUAAUAAAAUCUGAUGCUGGAGUUAUAGGACUUUUUCUUCAUUUUGAAUUCCACAAACAGAAGUGUUUUUUCCUAAAAUAAAGGGACUUUUUCUUAUCUGAAACCAAUGUUAAUUAAAUUAACUUGUAAACUACUGAAAAUCAGUGCUGAAUCAUAUCUAAUGGACUAGUCUAGUGUGGGGGUGGUGCAGUGGUUAGCACUGUUGCCUCACACCACUGGGACUUGGGUUUUGAGUGUCCGGCAGGGUUCCAUGUGGAGUUCGUAUGUUCUCCCCGUGUUGUCAUGGGAUUUCCUCUGGGUACUCUGGCUCCCUUCCCCCCUCCAGGUGAGCGUGUGUGUGCGCGUGCCCGUCCUGCAAUGGAUUGGUGCUCCAACCAGGGUUGUUCCCCACCUUGUGCCCGUAGUCUCUGGGGCUCCAGAACCCCCAUGACCCUGAAUGGGACAAGCAGUAUCAGAAAAUGGAUAAUCUAGUGUUUCCCAAUUCAGUCCUUGGAGACCCACUGUCAGGCCAUGUUUUUGCUCCCUCCGAGCUCCCGGUAGGAGGGUAGGAGCUGGGAGAGAGCAGGAAUGUGGACUGUCUGGUGGGGGUCAUGAUGGGAGCAAAAACAUGGACUGACUGUGGGUCCCCGAGGACUGGACUGGGAAACACUGGACUAGAAUACAAAUUAAUUGAGAGAAAAUGUGGCUGUUGCAGACCUCAAGCUUCAGCAGUAUAUGUAUUAAAACAAUAUAACUCAGGAGAUGUGGGCUGUCUUUAGAGCAGAAGGUGGGGGAACCCAUGUUUUGUAAUAAUGUAUUGUAUGUUUUGUAGUCAUUUGUGGAAACGAGGGAAAAUGAAUAAACAUGUUUGUUAAUA